AUGCCUCAACCUACGCGGACCCAGAGAGGCGCCGGAAGAGGAACACGAGAGCUUCAUGCUGGGGAUCCGACGAUCGUCAUCGGCAUAGAUUUUGGAACAACCUUUUCAGGCGUGGCAUGGGCCAGAUCAACCCGACCAGACCACGUCGACAUCAUAACGAGCUGGAAGUCCACCUUCAACUUCAACAGCGACAAGGAAAAGGUCUCAACCUCAAUCUCCUACACCGAGGAGGAACAGCCACCUCUCUGGGGCUACGCCGCCCCUAUCGGAGAAUCUACUCUUCGGUGGUUCAAGCUGUGUCUUUUGGAUGAAGAAGAUAUACCACAGUACCUACGGGAGUCGACCCAUCUCCAGAGUGCCAAGUCCUCUUUGGAAAAGCUGGGUACCCAUGCCGUUGAUGUCAUCAGCGAUUAUCUGCGCGAGCUGUGGAAAUAUAGUCUUGGCUGUAUCGAGCGAGCUGAGGGGGCUUCCCUGAUGGAGCUUUCUGCAUUGAGAGUCAUUGUUACCCUCCCGGCAAUCUGGCCCGCAUACGCCCAGUUCCGUAUGAAAGAGGCUAUUGAGAAGGCCGGCAUUCUCGAGCCUCGUGGUCUUUUCGACACAACUUUGGAGUUCAUAUCCGAGCCGGAGGCUGCAGCUCUGGCUUCUUUGAAAGACAUGUCCGACAGAGCUGACAUGAGUGUCGGCGACCACUUUGUUGUUUGCGAUGCUGGUGGAGGCACUGUGGAUGUCAUCACCUACACUGUCGUCAAUAAACAGCCAAUCAAAGUACAAGAAAGCGUCAGAGGCGAUGGAAAGCUAUGCGGCGCGACCUUUGUGGACGAGCGGUUCCGAACCCUCCUGAAGAGCAAGAUGGCCUGGACAAUCUGGGAUAAGCUUGGAGAAGAUGGUAUAGCUCGUCUCGUAAACAACGAGUGGGAAAAUGGCAUAAAGCCACAAUUCUGUAAUGACGGCCGAGACUGGACCAUACAGAUCCCCCUCACCUCGCGGAAGAGAGAUCACGAUCAGUACAGCUGUCCAGAGAUCAACGUCAGCAACAAAGAAGUUGUUGAAGUGUUCAGCCCGAUAAUGAGUCAGGUUGUGGAACUUGUGACAACUCAGAUCCAAGAAGUCCAGAAACGCUAUAAGAAGAAGCCCAAGUUUAUCAUCUUGGUGGGCGGCUUCGGACGCUGUCGCCAUUUACAUACCUGUCUGACAAAUGGCUUGAGGGGCCAGGUUGAGAUUCUCCAGGGUUUGGGAGCACGGCCUUGGACAGCAGUAUGUCGCGGUGCAGCCAUCCGGGGGCUCGAGAAAUCCGAUAAUGCAGAAGAGUCGGCAAUCCGUUCGAGGAUUGCGAGAGCGAGCUAUGGAACUAUGUGCAACGUGACGCCCUGGACCGAAGGGGAGCAUGAUGCUCGAGACAAAGAGUGGUGCCCCGUCACGCGACUUUACAUUGCCGCUGACCAGGCUUCCUGGUUCCUGCGCAUCGGCGAGAAGAUGGAAGUAGGCAAAUCUAUCGAACUAGGCUUCCAUCAGGAUCUCGACAAACCGCUCGACAGUAUUUCUACCCAUCUAAUCUACUCCAACGCCCUCAACCCAUCCGAUAGAUGCGACGAGACGGUCAAGGAGCUCUGCCAAGUACGCUGGGCUCGAGUCCCCGAUUAUGACAGUCUGCCUUCGUGGAAGAACUCAAAGGGCACGCGUCUGAAGCGCCUAUCCUACAUCAUCAAGAUGACUUCGAACGGCGUGUCCCUGGACUUUGAGAUCUCCCACGAGGGCAGAAUCGUGGCAUCGAAGAAUGUUGUUGUCGACUACAGCGAGAGCGGAGCGGCGGCCUGCCGCUCUUCGACCGUUGCGGAUGAUGCUGAUGACGCCGUGAGCCUCGCUGAUGACGACGAUAGCGGCACAUACGUCCCCGCUGGACAUGAAGGGGCGGGAACUCCCGCCAACUCGGCCACCAUCUGGCCCGCUGAAGUUGUGAGUCGUGUGAACCAGGUCUGGGGAGGUCAGAACUGGGAUGAAUAUUCGGCUAGGGUUGAGGCCCGACAAAGGGGAUGA